AUGGAGAGCCCAGACAACAACGCGACGCCCUCGCCCUCGGCCGCAGAGUCGCGCCGCCGCUCCGGACGCGUCGUGAGGGCCCCGCGCAAGUUUACGGAGGAGGUCCAGAACGACUCGACGUCGCGGCGCAAGAGAGGCCGCGACGACAACGACGACGACGACGAUGACGCGGAGAACCAGGAGCCCGACGACGCCUCUGCCGACGAGCAAUUGAGCGACGAGGCAUCCGACGAGGACGACCAGAGCGACACAAACGACCUAGCUCCCAAACAGCGCAAGUCCAAGCCCAGGCCCAAGAAGCCCGCCGCCAAGAGGCCGAAGGUCAAUGGAAGCGCCCCAGCUACUGCUUCCGCAUCACAAGCGCCUGCUGUGAGACUGCCGAACCGGCCCAAGAAGACGGUGCGCGUUGCGAUCGCGCGGCGGGAGGGCGAUGGCCUCUACGCUGACAUCUUUGGCUCGGGCGACUCGUCCGACGACGUUGCCGCACAUUGGUUCCAGCGUUAUCAGGAGAACGACGCCCUUGCUCUGACCGACUUGAUCAACUGCGUGCUCCUCGCCACCGGUUGCGACCAGCAUCUGACCGAGGACGACAUCCGGGACCCGGAGAACUCGGCCAACAAGCUGUCGGAGCUAGAGGAGGCUUUCGAGCAGACGAGCAUCUCGGAGUACCCCCUCAUAUCAAGAGCAAAGAGCAGCAAGAACUUCCGUGAGCUGCUUAUUGGAUUUUUUGAGUCGCUCGUCAGUCUCUUGCACCAGACAGACACCCUGUACAAGGAUGAAGAGCUCCUCGACAACAUCCAGCGAUGGGUGGGCAUCAUGUCUUCAUCGGCCCUGCGCCCCUUCCGGCAUACGGCCACCACCGUCGGCCUCUCGCUGCUUACCUCCAUGAUUGUCGUGACCAGGCAGCUGGACGACCGAAUCACCAAGUCAAGCUCAGCCCUGCAAGCCGAGUCAGGCCGACGUGGCAAGAACAAAGGGCUCGUCGCGCAGACGCAGAAGGCCCUCGACACUGCCACCCAGAACCGCCAGGUGAUUGAUGACAAGGUCAAGGACUUCUUCAACAUCAUCUUCGUCCAUCGUUACCGAGACAUCGACGCCAAGAUCCGUGCCGAGUGCAUACAGGCCCUGGGCAACUGGAUCUGUGCUCUCCCAACGGUCUACAUGGCCCCAGAGUACCUUCGAUAUCUAGGAUGGCUGCUUUCCGAUGUCGCGCCUACCACGCGCUUGGAAGUGCUGAAGCAGCUGGCCAGGGUGCUGAAACGUGACGCCGAGAAGUUGGCUCAUUUCAUUGACAGGUUUAGACCUCGCCUGGUCGAGAUGGCCACAAAAGACAACGAUGCCUCCGUGCGCGUUGCUGCGAUUGGCGUCGUCGACGUCCUGCGCGCUUCCGGCAUGCUCGAACCGGAAGAAGUGGAUUCCAUCUGCAAGCUGCUGUUCGAGAACGAGGCCAGAGUGCGCAAGGCAGUCGUUCCCUUCUUCGUUGAGUUGAUCCAGGAAGUCAUUGUCAACAAGAUCGACGACAUUGGCGGCAACGAUGCCAUCGAGGAGGUUUUCGGCAACGAGGAGGAGGAAGACUACGACUCUCUGCGUAAGGACUGGAUCAACAUCAAAGCAUUGGCCGAGAACUUGGCAGUCUACAACGCCCAAUUGGACCAGGAGCAGGACGAAAUCAGACAUGGACUUGACGUGGCUGCCGACGUGGUGAACGCCAACCUCCCAGAGACGCGGAUUGCUCUGGCCACAUCCUCCCUCUACGAGAAGAUGCCGGAGGUGAGCAAUUGGCAGGUACUUGCCGGCUACCUCUUGUUUGACCACACCACAAGCUCCAAAUCUAGAUCCAAGUCCAAGACCAACUCGAUAGAGGCAGCUACUCGCAAGGCCGUCGCCCCAACGUCAGAGGAGGAGGCGAUCCUGCUCGAGGUUCUGGCUACUGCUGUGAAGGAAACCCUGACUCAGGGGGCUGGCGAGCAUGACAGGUCAAAGAAGCGUAUUGCAAGAGACGCCGAUACGCAGGAGGAAGUCGGCACGCGGCUGGCCGAUAUUAUUCCUAAGCUUCUGAACAAAUAUGGCUCGGAUCCCCACGUUGCAAGCAUCAUACUACGGCUGGAGCAUUUCCUGGAUCUUGACCUCUUCCAACAACUACGCCAGAAAUCAGCAACGUAUGACAAACUUCUUGAUGCCAUUACGACGCAGUUCAACCGUCACGUUGACCAGGCAGUCCUCAAUGAGGCCACAGCUGCUCUCCUGCACGCCCGGCAGUACGAAGAGCUCGAAGAGCUUGUGGACAGAAAACUGUCGGUCCUCUGGGAUAACAGCGUCAACAACCUACGAGGUUUCGAGAAGACGUGCGAGCUCUCCGUCCGUGGAAACCUCGACCGAGCUGCGCUGGCCGAGCUUGCGAACGUCCUGAAGAAGAUGAGCAAGCUGACGAGCAUCUCGGACUGCGUCGACGUCCUCGAGGCACCCGGCACGGCCAAGGACUUCAACGACCCUCCCAUCAAGAUGCUAACGGGCAUCGUGCACAGGGGUUUGCUCACCGAAUCGGAUGGCGACCUUGACGACCCAGAAGAUGAGGUGGUGGCUUUCGCUAUCAAGUGCUGUCUGCUGUACUUUAUGUGGAAAGUUCGAAGACUGCAAGCCAGCAUAGAAAACGAAGAAAACAUUGCGAACGCCGAAGUCGACCAACUGGUCAUGCUUCGUAAGGAGUUUGUGAAGAACCUGAUCCACACCCUAUCGUCACGUGGCUUCAAUGACGAUCUGCGGCUCUCGGCCACGGGCAGUGCGUGCGACGCCUGUGGUUUGUUUGUAUUCCUGCGACCGCAUGUCCACGGACCGCAAGCGGCCAAGUACGGAAAGCUGAGGCCCCUGCUCGAGGAACUGCCGCCCGCUCUCAUCCCGGCCGAGAUCAUCCCCAUCUUCGACGCAGCCGAAGGCGCAUAUGCAAAGCGGGCCAAGAAGACGCUCAACGAUCCGGACGAUGACGACGACCCAGUCGACGAUGAGUUGCCUCCGGAGGACGACGAGGACGAGGAACUUACGGACCUGGAACGGCAAGCAGCAGAAUUGAAGGCCGAGAAGAUCUUGUGUGACCUGACUGGCAAGCUUGUUCUGGGUAUCCUGGCCAAGGUGAUUGAUGCCUCGGGUCCUCACGCAGGCAAACUGCGUCGGCGUCUCAACCGCAACAAGGCGAAGCUGGGACCGAACUACAAGGAAGUCGUCGCCUUCCUCGACGACGAUCAUCUCAGGGAGCUGCGGGGAGAGGGCAAGAAGAAGGGCGCAGCCAAGAGAAAGGAAGCCGACAAGGCGCCAGCGAAGAGCGCAGAGAUCGUGGUCGAUGACGAUGACGAGGAAGACCCUUUCGCCGAAGCAGAACCGGAGGAAGGCGACGAGCAGGAUCUCCGUAACAGAGAGUUGCUCGAUGACCCCAUCAUCGACGAUGAUGAAGAAGAAGAAGACGAGCCGCCGGCAGAGCCCAUGGAUGAGGACGAUGUAUUGGGCGACUGA